GGAGAAAUUCCAUUUUCCUCUCGCUGCAAAACACAGACCAAAUAUGCAGUUAUUACGGACAGAAGGGAGAGAUCUGAAAGCUUGAGUGAUGGCUACAAAUUAUACAAAUCAUCGAGAGACGGGUUCAUGCUGUGAUGGCAGGUCUGGGUUUUGUUGCCAGUGUUUUAUGAAUCUGCAGUACUACUUUUGGCAAACUUUACCUUGCAUGCUUGUGUAAUGGUUUUGUCAGGAUGAUAUCCACAUGGACGUCAGUGAUCGUCUUGCUGGUGGCAUCUGUGAACGGAGAGAGGAACGAGGAUGACACAGAGCCCUGUGCGAAGGUCCAGGUAUCCAGCAAGGUGGUGCGUCUGGGGUCGCCGGUUGCAGCCGCCUGUAUCAUCAAAGAGGGCUGCCAUGUGCUCGUUGGACAAGCUGCUGGCAUCGAGUGGCACCUUGACGACCGCCUCAUUCCCAGCAGCCCCGGAGUGAACGGCAGCAGCAGGGUUUCCAGAGCUGUUGUGUCCAGCUUCAAUCACACCAGGGCGGUUCUCACAUGCGGCAUUCAGGACACCAGACAAGUUGUAGCAGGAGUGACGAUCUGGGCUGGAUAUCCACCAGAAGCAGCUCAAAACCUCAGCUGUCAGACAAACCUCACCAACCCCAACACCAUGACCUGCAGAUGGGAUCCUGGCCUGCAGGAGACACACCUUGUUACGACGUACACCCUCCACACUGAGAUAUGGGAUUCAAACAGGAACUAUACAUAUGAGCUGCCAGAAGGAGUUCACCGCUACACAAUCCCUCGCCCUCAAUUUGCUCUGUAUUCUGAAAUGAAAAUAUACGUGAAGGGUAAGAACGAUCUUGGAGAGGCAACAUCAACGCCCAUCGUUUUGGAGCCACUUGGAGCAGCUAAGUUUGACCCUCCUGAGAUAGUGAAGAUUCACGAGCCUGAAAAAGCUGGCUGCCUGAGUUUGAGCUGGAACUUGUCGCCGCACCAGGAUUGGCUGACCAGCACACGUCUAAACCUGGAAGUCCGCCUUAAGACUGCCGACAGCAGCGAGUGGACCGAGGAGCCGAUCCUUAAAAGCCGCGUCAAAUCAUCCAGACCUGUGGAACGAUGUCAUCUUCUUCAUGGGACUCAGUAUUUGGUCCAAAUUAGAGUCCGAUAUGAGCAGAGCCCCUGGAGCAAGUGGAGCAGCAGCCAAUCUGGAGUCACCUUAGAUACCGCUCCCACUGGACGCUUAGACUCUUGGUUAAAAGUAUCAAGGGAUCCCAUGCACAAACAACUAAACAUAGAAUUGUUCUGGAAGCCAUCAAAGCAGUUCCGUGCCAACAGCCAAAAUGUGUCAUAUAUCAUCUCAUUCCGAAAACAGUCCGGUGGAAUGAAUCAACAGUGCUCGACAAAUGAGAAUUACUGCACUUUCCAGCUUCCUGGAAGAGUCAAGAGAAUGUAUCUGAGAGCUGUAAAUAAAGUAGGGAGCUCCUACCCCACUGAAAUACGCAUUUACAGACCUAAAGAUCAAACUCCAAUACAAAGCGUCACAGCAGUCCCUUGUGACCAUGACAGAUCACUUCUGGUUCAGUGGACAAGUGUGGAAACCUCAGGUCUCAUGGGUUAUGUGGUAGAGUGGAGACCUUUGUUAAAAACCAACCUCUCCUACAUCCGGUUUGACACCGUUGACAAAAACUACUCUACUCUCGUCAUAUCAGGCAGUAUUGAGCCCUACAAGCCCUAUGGGAUCUCUGUGUAUCCUAGGUUUAAGGAUGGGAUAGGUCUUCCCCAGACUAUUAAGGCCUACUUGAGACAAAAGGCUCCAUCCAUGGUUCCAAAAUUACAAACUAAAAAGAUGUGGAAGUCCCAUAUUGAGCUCACCUGGGAUGAAAUACCUUUAGAUCAAAGGAAUGGCAUUAUCCAAAGCUACACAGUCUUCUACAGGGAUGAGAAGGGACCUUUUGAUGUUGUGAGUACGAGCCAAGAAGAGAGGAAGGUGAUCCUGAAAAUCCACAACACUGAGUCUUGCUGUGAAGCGUUUAUGAUGGUUAGCACAUUUGGCGGGAGCCUAAAUGGGUCAACAAUACAUUUUAAUAUCGAGGACUAUGAUCCAAUUACUGUGGUGGUGAUAAUAAUCCCAUCUGGUGUUGGACUAUCAUUGCUGAUCAUUUUCAUCGUCCUGACUUGCUUCUACAAACACAAAAGGCUGAAGGGGCACCUUUGGCCACUCGUUCCUGAUCCAGCCAACAGCAGCAUCAAAAGAUGGACAUCCGAAUCAACUCAGUAUACUCUUUCAUCCUGGGAUAACGAUGAGCCGAAUCCAAUAUACUUGUCCCACCUAAGCUUCCUGGACCUCGCUACCAAACUGAGCAAAGAGGACGAUGACCUUUGGUUAAAAAGUACAGAGGAAACCAGUGAUCUGGGAGAGUCCAUCUGUGGGUCACCGUUCAUCCCUGGAUACCCUGGUUCAAACAUCAACUCUGUUCCCUAUGCUAGUGUGAUCUUCCCUGGUCCGUGCAACAGCCCGACACCCACAGAUCCUCACGUGUAUCUGCGCUCGGAGUCCACACAGCCCCUCCUAGAAACAGAAACGGAGUCUUUCAGUCCAGAGUGCUACCAGAACAUGGUGGUUGACGGGAUGCCAAGGGAGCAGUGUUUUUUUGGCUCGUGCCAUGAGUGUCUACCUGAAGAAGGGGAAGACUCAGUCAUCGUUUGGGAUGAGUUUCCUUUUCUACGGGCAUUAGCCAUGAAUGAUACUAUAAAUGAUUAAAGGUACUUUGCUGAUUAAGAGAGCAACUGGCUUGCAAGAUUUUCCGUCAGGUCAUGAAGUUCACCCAGUACCGCAUGCACCUGUAUAUGCAAGUUAAAUUUAGGGGGGCUUACAUAAAAAAUAAAAUAAUAAUUGAUGCUCUUGUGAGCAAAUAUUUGGGUGUCUGAAAAGAAAACCCAUUACUUUUUAUUUUAUCUUUUUUGUUACUUGCACAUUUCCAGCCUUAUAGCUUGAAAUUAAGAAGUUAGCUAAUAAUGCUGUAUCAGAACUUUGUAUAAUAUACAAUUUGACGGGAAAAUUCAGCUUCUUCUUGCCUUUUUGUUACUAAAGAUGAAAAUGUUGACUUUUCACGUAUUACUGAAGGCAUCAGUAGCAUACAACCAGAAGUCUUUACUUAAAAAACAUGAAAAAAUAAAAAAGGAGACAAAAACACGUUAAGUGAGUAAGUGCUGGUGAAAUAUUACCUAUAUAAAUGACACUUUUUAAUGUUUGUCUCUAAAAACGUCUACAAUUAAGCUUAGGCUUCUCAAGCAUGUUUUAAAAAUGAUGACACAAUCUUCACUUGAAUAUCAAGUGUAGGUUAGUAUGUUAGUUCAGCAUUCUCAUUCACCUUGUUUUGUAUUAAUAACCUGGGCGAAUACUAUGCAUAACUUGCGACAGCAUAGUGCCUUAAAAGAUGGAUCAGUAACUGUCUAUGGAUGAACUGCACAUGAGCAAGCCACACAACUUCACAACACACUGCAUUUAUUGUACCUCAGAAGUGGGUAGCACAGAGCUUUAUGAUGGCUGUCAGUAGAGCCACACCCUUAGGAAGAGAAAAGAGGAGCACCGUCAGGUGGGUGACCCCACUCCCUAAAACCAACUGCUAUGAACAGAACUCUGAAGACAUGAUUGAAAUGGGCUGUUGUACAGUAUCUCUGUGGUAUUUUUACCAAGGCAAAUGCUGACGUUUUAGCAAAACCUCAGAAAAUGAUCUUGGUUUCUUUAAAACAGGGCAUUAUAUGUCUCCUUUAAACUAGCUAUGAUUAACAGUUUAAAGAAUUUAAAGUUGUGAUUUUAAAAGGGAGCUGUGAUACUGUAUAUCUGUGUAUUUUAAUCAAAACAUGUCACAUUUCAUAAAGACAUCUGACAACGUGCCAAUUUGUAAGGAGGCAGAACAUGUUUUCUUUGAUAACUUUGUCAUGCUUUUGUUUUUAACCUCUUUUUUGAUACAUUUUUAAAUAAAAAAUAAACUGAUCGUG